ACAGCAAACUGGUUUAUUCUAUCUUCUUCUUUGUCAAUUCUACUUGCUUUUGGUACAAUUGAUGAUGGUGAGGAGCAGGAGUUUUUUUAUCAUCCCCUUGUUGGGUUGUACUGCUACGUCCAUUUCUUUUGUUACUAAUUCGAUCUGUUGAGUGUGCAUGCAUCGUCAGAAGGAUCCAGUGUGUUGCCGGAAAGCAUCCGGUUUGACACAGGUGGGUUAAGUAGGGAGAGUUUUCUAAAAGAUUUUGUGUUUGGAACUGCAACUUCAGCUUAUCAAGUUGAAGGAAUGGCAAAGAAAGAUGGUAGGGGACCGAGUAUUUGGGACGUCUUUGUUGCAAUUCCUGGUAACAUUGCAAACAACGCUACAGCAGAUGUGGAUGUGGAUCAGUAUCACCGAUACAAAGAAGAUGUAGAUAUCAUGAAACAUCUCAACUUCGACGCCUACCGUUUCUCUAUUUAAUGGAGCUGGGAAGGUGAAUUGGAGAGGUGUUGCUUAUUACAACAGGUUGAUCGACUACAUGCUCAAGCCAAGGCAUCACUCCAUAUGCAAAUUUAUAUCACUACGAUCUUCCUUAUGCACUUGAAAAGAAGUAUAAAAGGUUAUUAAGCCAGAAUGUUGUGAAAGAUUAUGCAGAUUAUGCUGGUUUCUGUUUCAAGACGUUUGGUGAUAGAGUGAAAAAUUGGAUGACAUUCAAUGAACCAAGAGUAAUUGCUGCCUUGGGUUACGACAAUGGAAUAUUUGCUCCAGCGAGGUGUUCUACGCCAUUUGGAAACUGCACACAAGGGGAUUCCUCGACUGAACCUUACGUUGUCGCACAUCAUCUCAUAUUGCCUCAUGCUGCUGCAGUCCAGAGGUACCGCCAAAAGUAUAAGGCAAAACAAAAAGGACGGAUAAGAAUUCUCUUGGAUAUUACAUGGUAUGAACCUCUUACAGAUUCAAAAGCAGAUCACCGAGCUGCUAAGAGAGCAACAGACUUUCAUCUUGGUUGGUUUCUUCACCCAAUCGUAUACGGCGAGUACCCAAAAUCAAUGCAACGGAUAGUCGCAUCGAGACUCCCAAAGUUCACAAAGUCAGAGAUUAAUAUGGUGAAAGGCUCAAUGGAUUUUUUAGGAGUUAACGAGUACAGCACCCACUACGUGUAUGAUCAGCAUAUAAACAAGAACCAGGUCAGAGUUUAUCAAUUAGAUUGGCAUGCUGGAUUUGCUUAUGAGCGUAACGGAGUACCAAUCGGACCACGGGCAAACUCCUUUUGGCUUUACGAAGUGCCCUGGGGUAUGUAUAAAGUUCUGACCUAUGUGAAGGAGCAUUACGAGAACCCGAACGUAAUUCUUUCAGAGAAUGGCAUGGACGAUCCCGGAAAUGUUACUCUUCCUAAGGCAUUACAUGACACCAGAAGAAUGCACUUUUACAAGGGGUACUUGAUUCAACUCAAGAAGGCGAUUGACCAUGGAGCCAACAUUACUGGCUACUUUGCAUGGUCAUUGCUCGACAACUUCGAAUGCAAAUCAGCUUACACAUCAAGGUUUGGUAUUGUCUAUGUCGACUACCGCAACCUAAAAAGGUAUCCUAAGCUGUCUGCUUAUUGGUUCAAAACACUACUUAGUCGAAAAAAGCAUUAAAUACCAUUGGGUUUCCUCAUUCAGGGCACAUGUGCCCCUAGUUGUUGAUGCUGCAAUGUGUUAUCUUGCUUUUUUUAUUUGCUAAAUUUUUCUGACCUUGCUUGUAAAGUCUUAAACAGACUGUUCCGAUCUUGCUUUUGCUUGUAACUUGUAAGCGGGGCAAUUGCCAUGAUGAAAAUAAAGAAUAAGAUUUUUCUUUA